GGGAGUAAAAGAGAGAGAGAGCAGCCUUACUGGGACCUGGAGAGAAACCGCUGGUGAGGAAAUAUUAAUCAGCUGACUGCUGAGAGGAGAGCGUCCCGGCGCUUACAGCAGAGAAGACCAGCCCUGGCGCCCAGCCUCGGAGCUCUUGGAGCACACACUGGAGACCGGACCCUCACUGCUCUCCACACGCACGAGCCGGCGCGGCCGCCACGCUCGCACACCAGGGCCAAAAACGAGAGCACAAACCCAGUUGCGGAGGGAGAAGAGGCAUCCUGUCAGUGUGGGAGGACUGGAGGUCUGGAAGGAAUUGAGAGAGAAAGGGAGGACCAUUGACGGGUUGGAACCCUGAAGAGCCCCUCCGUCGCUGACCUCCCCGAGCCAAGAUGAGCUGCAGGAAGAGGUGCAAGAGACAGAUCUUUAAAUGUGCCCACUACCUGUACAGGUUCAUCACUGGGACUCUCAACACAGACAGCGUAGAGGAUGAGCUGGAGCUGUCGGCCGUCCGCCAUCGCCCCGAAGGCCUGGAGCAGAUGGAGGCCCAGACUCGGUUCUCCCGCAAGGAGCUGCAGAUCCUCUACCGAGGCUUCAAGAACGAAUGUCCCAGCGGUGUGGUCAAUGAAGACACCUUUAAGGACAUCUAUUCGCAGUUCUUUCCACAGGGAGAUGCCUCGACGUACGCACAUUUCCUCUUCAACGCGUUCGACACGGACCACAACGGAUCUGUGAGUUUCGAGGACUUUGUGAUGGGCCUCUCUAUCCUGCUCCGAGGCACUGUCCAGGAAAAACUCAACUGGGCGUUUAAUCUUUACGACAUCAAUAAGGAUGGAUACAUUACGAAAGAGGAGAUGUUGGACAUCAUGAAGGCCAUCUAUGAUAUGAUGGGGAAGUGCACAUAUCCCAUCUUGAAGGAUGAGGCGCCACGGCAACAUGUGGAGAUAUUCUUUCAGAAGAUGGAUAAGAACAAGGAUGGGGUAGUUACCAUAGACGAGUUUAUAGACUGCUGCCAAAAUGAUGAGAACAUCAUGAGAUCCAUGCAGCUCUUUGAGAACGUCAUUUAACUCAUAGACAACCUGGAGAGCUUUGGAUAAGACCUUCAACUACAGACCUAUAACAUCAUACACUGUGGGAUGGUGCGCUAUGCAUACUAAUAACCUUGACCAUACGAGGGUGGACUGUACAUUACUAUUGUCCACAUGUAUGUAACAUCCUGGAAUCGCUGUCACCUGUAGUAGGAGAUAAACAAACCAAACAUAAUUUUACUCAAACACAAUUGAUCCUUGACAUUUGUAAAUAGUACAGUUAUGAUUGAUUAGAUCUACAAUUGUUCCAUUUGACACUGUCUUAAUCAAACCCAUUUGCUAAAGAAGCAUUUUAACACCAUGGCUGUAGUUCAUUCCCCAUUUACAGUGAAAAGUCCUAGAGCCUUUAUUGGCAUCUGCCUCAGCCUUCGAACAAACGCUAAAUUGUGCUUGGAAGGGUGAGUUCUGUGUGUGGGAUCUGUCACUAGCGAGUCACACGUUUGGUGGUGAAGGUUUCAACUGGGCUCACAUCCACAUGAACUGGCUGAACACAGCUGGUUUCUAUCCCCUGCGCUGUAACCAUGACCCAGCUCUCUUCCUCUCAGUGGGAAGAGACACUGUGAUCUGUGAGCUCCCAUUUAAGGGACAGCAGUGGACGUAGUAUUUGGGUUAAUCUGGGUUUCAGACGCUCCGCACUACAUACUGCUAAGCGUUCCAGAAUGUUCCUACAAACACAAGGUCUGUCCGUUGCUCUCUGAGGAAAACCUAUACAACAUAGAUUUGCAUUGUACCCUUUUUAAACAUGUAUAUACUAUAGAUAAGAGAUCUAUGAGGACAUUUUCAACUCUGUUUAUGUUACCUUGCCAACUAGAGUAAGACGAUGCAUUCUGGGAUUUUGAUGUCUGGUUGGGUGUUGAGAAACAUCAGAAGCACACAGGUAUCUGUACUACUAAUAAGGUGUCUUUGUCACAACAUAAUGCUGCUUUUAGUGUAUUUCAUUAAAAUCUUAUUAUGUGUAUGUUCCCUGUAAAGAGAUCCUGUAUUCUAUCCGUGGAUAUGUUUCCGUUCAUGUUUUGAAGCACUAUUUUGCCGUUUACACUGGUAUGAAAGUAUAUGUUUGAUUGAUUUAUAUGAUAUGGCAGUCAUUGUACAAAGAUAUUCGAGUGUACAGUAUUAUGGCUAUUAUCUCUCCUGGGUGAACUAUGGUCUUCAGAUCACUGUCCUUGAAGGAGGUCACGAGGUGUAGUUCUUAGCUAAAUGUACCUGCUCUGUCACUGGGUUUUCAGUUCACACGUGUUCUCCUCUGGUUUUUGGACUUGUGUCCAAUUUACUGAUUGGCUCUCAAUGUGAGCAGGCACACUGCAUGCAGUCCCUCCCUCCCAAUCUAACCAUGGAUGAGUGUGUGGGAGGGACGCCUUUGUUCCUAGCGCUGCAGCCCCCCUCACCCCCUCGACUCGACUUGGCUGGUAAGAGCUGAGGCAGAAGGUAGUUUGGCUUGGCCCCUCAUCUUCUCUACCCUGAUUGGGUGAGAUUGGCACAGUUUAAUUAUCUGUGGAAAUGUGUAUCCCUUGAUUCAAUUAGGCCAAUUAUUUCACCAUGUGAGACUAGGGGUGGGGGUGAGGGUGAGAACAUUCAUUUAAAGCCUCGUCUUUUCUUUCUAUCAUCCAAACGUCUUCUCAUUGUUUAGAUAGACCUUUGAUAGCAUGAUGUGCAUGACGCUAUUUUUACCGAUUCUCUGAUCUUGCACUCACACUGCAUCCUGCAGAUUGGCAUUUCUUAAAGCCUGAGAUGUUCUGUUUGUGUUGUUUUCCUGCUGGACUGUACCCAUCAAUACCUUUACUAUUGGCACUGUGACUUGCAUAUGCACAGGACAUGCAACGUUAUUUAUUUUGUGGAUUCUUAAUAUAAUGUCCAGGAGAAACUUGAAAACCGCAGAACCAAUGUGUGACUUUGUCAAAUGAAAAAUGUGACAAUGGCGCCACCUAGUGAAUUUAAAUUAUCAUCCAAAAACAGAAAUUGAUAUGUUUUUUUAUUUUCUUCUUCUUAUGGCUAGAGCCUAAGGAUAACCUUUAACACCAUGUAGAUCAUUUAAGAGAAAUGUGCAUAAGUAGAAAUGCAAGAUAUGUGUACAUGUCAAUUCAAAACAAAAACUAUGUGAUUGUGAAAUUUUAUUCCAUUAUUUUUCUUCUACCAAUCAUUUGAUGGAGUUUAGCCACCACUUACAUGAUAAUAUAAAUGUUGACGAGAUCAAAUCUCAGUCACUUCUCAGCACAUUGGACUCUACUGUGGAGUGAUCUUCGGAGAGUGUUGAUGGGAACAUGAAGUGUGUAAGUUCUGGGUGGUGCUGCUCGUGGUAUAGUAGCUCUGGGCUUCUACAGACUAGAAACAGCCAGGCCCCUCCAGGUAGCACCAGGUUAGAGCUCACAGGGCAUUUGAAAUGUAUAGUCAUGAUGUCUUAGUGUAAUUUAGGCGAGUGCAUUUUAUAAACAGGGACACAAUAAACCGCUCCGAAUGUU